AUGUCAUUAUCAUUAUCUUUUACGUCAAGUAAUAAAUUAAGUCGUGAAGAUUAUCGCCGUCAAAAAGAUCUUGAAGCGGCAAGAAAAGCUGGUACCGCACCUGCAGAACAAGAUGAAGAAGGAAAAGAUAUUAAUCCUCACAUUCCCCAAUACAUUGCCAAAGCACCAUGGUAUUUAGACACUGGACGACCAACUUUAAAACAUCAGAGGAUUCUUGAUGAGUCAGAAACAAAAGAUAAAGAUAAUUCUCAAUGGUAUGCGCGUGGCCUUCGCGCUGGUCCUGCGGUGACGAAAUAUAGAAAAGGUGCCUGCGAAAAUUGCGGUGCCAUGACACACAAAACAAAAGAAUGCAUGGACCGUCCAAGGAAAACUGGUGCAAAAUGGACCGGUCAAGAUAUAAAAGCUGAUGAAAUAAUUCAAGAGAUUGAUUUAGAUUAUGAUGCUAAAAGAGAUCGAUGGAAUGGUUAUGACCCUUCUGAACAUUCAAAGAUUUAUGAAGAAUAUGAAAAAAUUGAGGAAGCUCGGCGUAAAAUGAAAGCUAAUGAACUUGAUAAACAAAGUACAACUGAACUUGUUAAAAAGACUGGUGAUCGUAUUGCUGCUGAAUUUUCAAGUGAAGAAGAGGAAGAUGAUGAAGACAAAUAUGCUGAAAAGUCUGAUAUGCCUGGACAGAAAGUUAAUACAAAAACAAGAACGACUAUUAGAAAUUUGAGAAUUCGUGAAGAUACUGCCAAAUACUUGAGAAAUUUGGAUAUAAAUUCUGCUUAUUAUGAUCCUAAAACUCGCUCUAUGCGUGAUAAUCCAAAUAAAGAUAUAGGUGCCGAAGAUAGUUUUUACGGUGGUGAUAAUUUUGUACGAUAUACUGGUGAUGCCCCAAAUAUGGCAAAUCUUCAGCUUUUUGCAUGGCAAGCUUAUGAAAAGGGCACUGAUGUUCAUUUACAAGCAAAUCCUACUCAAGGUGAACUAUUACAUCGAGAAUAUCUUCAAAAAAAAGAGAAGCUUAAAGAUACUAGCAAAGAUUCAAUUUUGGCUAAAUAUGGUGGAGAAGAGCAUUUGAAUGCCCCACCAAAAGAAUUGUUAUUAGCUCAAACUGAACAAUAUGUUGAAUAUUCAAGAACCGGAAGAGUAAUAAAAGGUCAAGACCGAGCUGCUGCAAAUUCAUCCAAUCUCUUGACAUCUUCCGAACUUAAGGAUGAUGAGUCUUCAAAUAAAAAAUCACUUGUUGAAAUCCACGUCGAAAAUAUGAAAAAAUCUAAAUCUAAAAACGUUGAUGACACGAAUAAGCAUCUAAAACGUAAAAAUCUUGGUGAGGGUGAUAUUCAAUUAGACGUUAAAAAACUUAAAAAAGCAUUGGAUGAAGAAGAUAAACGAAAUAAACGAAAGAAAGUCGAUCUUAACAUUGACGAUAGAAAACGGCCUUAUAAUAGUGCUUACAUGGGUGGUCACGAUAAAGUUGAUUGUGAAAUUACUGAAGAGGAGUUAGAAGCAUAUCGAAUGAAAAAACAAUCUUAUGAAGAUCCCAUGGCAAAUUAUGUUGAUGAAGAGAUUUAA